GACGAUACGAUUUACGAUAUGAAACGACAGGCAAUUAAAGAUUUAUAUCUGUCUUCACUUAUUAUCUUCAGAGAUAGUGCGCUCAAGAUCACUAUCUAACGAUUUGGUAUAAAAGAAACAUCGAUAAUAGCAACUCAACAAUCAGUUUUGGUUGGUGGAGGUGCUCACUGUUGAAGUACUUCAAACCAUAACCAUUAUAACCACCUGCAGGACAAUCAAGUGUUGUUUGGAGCCAAUACCAGAAGUGUUGUUAAAAUUAGUGAAAGUAGCAAUGAAGCUCCUGUUUGCACUUGUACUACCCAUACUUUCGCUAGUGGCAGCUAGUCCUACGCAGCUAGCUAGACAAGUAAUUACAGCGUUGGAUGAACCUCGAUUCGUGCCGAUCGAAGAGUGUGGCAACCGUAUAGCAUGUGCCUUAGCGGAUGACGGGCAGCUGGGAAGAGAAAUAUGCAAUGAUUACGUCGGAACUACCUUCGUAGAGUCACCAUAUUGCUUCAAUACAGUGUUUUUGUGCAGUUUUAAUCGCGUUGUAAAGUCGUGCUGGUAUCCUGUGAGUGGAUUGAAGCGAGACUGCAACAAACCUUUACAAUGCGCCCCUGACCUACCGCUUGUCAAAGGUUCAUCGAACACAACUGAACCAAUUUUGCCAACCACAGCUGCGCCAGAUUUAACCGAUGAAUCUCGAUUCGUACCUAUCAAAGAAUGUGGCAACCGUAAAGCAUGUGCUUUGGAGGAAGACUCUGAGCUUGGAAAAGAAUUAUGCAGUAAUUACAUUGAGCCUACCUUUAUUGAAUCUCCAUAUUGCUUCAAUACGGUGUUUUUGUGCAGCUAUAGACGCGCAAUAGAAACGUGCUGGUAUAAUUUGAGCUGGAUGAAACGAGACUGCAACAGUCCUUUACAAUGUGCUCCUCAUCUACCGCUGUUGAGAGGAUCAUCGAACACAACGGAACCAACCAUAAUUGUGCCGACUACAACAGAGAUAGCUACUACAACGUUACCUGCAUCAACUAAAAGUACUGGUACAAGAUUUGUAUCGGUUGAAAAGUGUGGUAACCGUACGGCAUGUGCGUUUAAGGAAGAUGCAGAUGCGGGGGCAUAUAUAUGUAACAACUUCAAGGAACCAACAUUCGUUGAGUCAACGUACUGCUUUAAUACUGUUUAUUUGUGCGGUAAUAAUCAAUGGUUAAGACAAUGCUGGUACACAUUAGACGACGUCAAUUCGGACUGUGAUAUUCCUUUAACAUGCGUUCCGGAUCUACCGCUUAUCAAAGGCUCAUCGAUCACGACAACUAUUGCGCCAACUACCACUACAUCUACCACAACUGCACCAACUACAACUAAAGCUAUUACAACCGCAUCAACUACAGCUAAACCGACUACAACUACAUCUACUACAACCACACCAACUACAACAUCCUCCACCACAACUAAACCUACCACAACUAUCAUAACGUCUUCGACUACAGAAAUGGCCGAACAAUGCUCUUCUAAGGACCAAGGAAAACGGAUACCGAUAGCCGGAAAGUGCACAUCAUAUGGCGAGUGCUCGGACGGCUACUACAACGAAAGAAGCUGCUACGACGGCUACAUUUACUACGAACCAUUCAACAUGUGUUUACCAGGAAACAUCCAUGCUUGUUCACUUUUUGGUUAAUUAACCAAAUAAAUGAGCAAUGAGUUAGAAAAAUAAGCUACCGUAAAUGAGAUUCUUUAACUGAAUGAUCGUAACGCUGUUUGUUAGACCUUGGUUCUUUCGCUGGUUUUUGUAAUAUAAAGUUCACACAAUUAACGAUUGCCGAGAAAUUGUGAAAAAGCGAGAGAGAAAUGUUUCGUACAGUAUAAAUCCGCUACAAGAGAUGUACCGAUAGUUAUGGAUCAUGUUACUCCCAUAGUAUCUGAAACUGAAUUUGCUGAUGAAACUACCUAUUUGGAUGUUUGCAAAACCAUCAACAGUAUCCUCUAGGAAACCCUCAUUGAUCAUUCCACAAAUAACAGCACACAUGGAACAAUGGACAAUGUGAGAUCCCAAAGCUGGUGAUGGUUGUAUACUGUCUGGGCAACGAAUAGCAUCAGCUACAAACUGUGCUGAGUACUUGGAAUGCUCAGAUGCAUUUUACUACUUACGAACCAGUGGUGAAGGUUAUAUCUACUAUAAGCCUUUCAAAAAUUUUCGCCCGGAGAUGCGUGAUCGUGUCAAAUUCUGACAUUUUAAAUGAGAUAUCUGGUUGUUUUGUACGCAAAGUUUGUGAAACUGAUAGAAUGUUAUCAAUAAAGAAUCAAUUAUAAUUUUGA